AUGAUAUCGAAGAAAAAACUCUUGCUGAUUGUUAAUUUAUUUAUUGUAUGCGUAUAUUUAGAUUCCCAAUCUGUCGAAUCCAAAAUAAACAAAAUAAAUUACAACAAUGACGACCUAUUAAACAAUUUUGUUGAUAUGCCAAUACCCUAUUCAAGUGAUAACGGCAGCAAUGGAAAUGGCAUAGAUAAUACUGCUAAUGGAAAUGGCAUAGAUAAUACUGCUAAUGAAAAUGGCAUAGAUAAUGCUGCUAAUGAAAAUGGCAUAGAUAAUGCUGCUAAUGAAAAUGGCAUAGAUAAUGCUGCUAAUGAAAAUGGCAUAGAAAAUGAUGGCAAUGCUGACAAUGUAGAGAAUGCUAACGAGGAAAGCAAAAUAAAUCAUAUUGACGACCCAUCCAGCAUCGCACACUUAGAUAGUGACAUCAUCUAUAAAACUGAAGAGAACCUUGAAAAUGUAAAUGAAACAAUAGAAACCCAAGAAGAUGCCAUAAAUGAAGCUCAAGAACCCGUUGAAGAAGAUGCUGUAGAAAAUGAAAUCAACAAUAUUGAAGAUGCAUAUCAAAAUGAAAUCAACAAUAUUGAAGAUGCAUAUCAAAAUGAAAUUAACAAUAUUGAAGAUGCAUAUCAAAAUGAAAUUAACAAUAUUGAAGAUGCUGUAGAAAAUGUUGUACAAAAUGAAAUAAGUGAGAUUAACAAUGGUGCAGAAAAUGAAAUAAGUGAUAUCGAAGAUGCUGUACAAAAUGAAAUUGAAAAUGUCGAUCAAAACUAUGAUUUAUUUACUUCAUUUAAAGAACCAUUAGAUUUUAAUAAAGCAUUUAAAAAACAAAUGAGCAUGAGCCGAUGGAAUAAUAUUUUCAACUUCUUCAGAACAAACAAAACACAAGGGAUUAGAGAACCUAGAAAUAAUUUUUUAAAUGAAAUACAAAAUAGUUAUGCAUAUAGAAAUGGUUUAUAUUUUAGUGCCACUAGUGUUGGUGAAUAUAAUAAAGAAGUAGAUCCAAAUCAAUAUGCCACUAUCAAUUUACCUGAUAAUACUAUGGUCUUAGUUGUUACAGGAAAUAAAUUAUUUUUACAAGAUUUAAUAUAUUCUACUAAUAAAGAAAAUGCAAUUAAAACUAAAUUCACCUAUGCUAUGAAUAAAAUUAUUAAAAAUUUGAAAAAAAAAUUAUAUUUCAAAAAUUUUAAAUAUCAAUACUUAUAUAGAAAUGACUCAUUUGCUGAAGAUACAUCAAAUAAAUUACUUGAUAUGAACUUAUUAGGUGAAUUAUCAAACAUAACUCAAACAAUUUAUACAGAUGAUGCUAAAGAAAAUAAAGUAAGUAUGCAUAAAAUAUAUGGUGGCUGGUUCCAUUUCUUAGGAAUAUUUGUAGUAAAUGGAUAUGACUAUCAAGUUGUAAAUACUUCACAAAAUAAAGAUACCCUUGGUGAACAAUCUAAUGAUGCUGUACCACAUAAUUUAUUACCUGAAUUUAAAAAUUUACUUGCUAAAAAAAAUCCAGGAGAAUAUCAAAAUGGAUAUGUAUUAGGUUUAUGGAGAGACUUCCCAAACAAUAAAUUCAUAAAUUGGAGAUACUCCCUCGAAUUAUUUUUAUGGGAUUUAUUAGGGGUCUUACCUCAUGAAUUACCACAUCCAUCUGAUUUAAUCGUUGGAUAUAAUAAAUAUGAGGAAUACAAAGAAUUAGAAUUAGCACAAAAAGAAACAGAAGAAGGUAACUCUGAUGAAUCUACAAAUUUAAAUAAUGAACAUACAGCUGGUAUAUAUCAUUUUGAUAUUGAAAAUACAUGGCAUAAAAUUAUUAUGAAGAAAAUAUUAUCUUAUAGAGGAUUUGAUGUUACUAUUGUUUCUGCACAAGAUUACAUGAAUGCUAGUGGAUAUGAUAACGAAAUUGUAUCUAAAUAUUAUAAUUUAAAAAAUGAAAAAGAAUAUAUUUUCCUUAUCCUAUUAAAUAAAGAUUUCUUUGUCGAUGAAUUUGUUAAAAGUCAAAAUUAUAGCACAAGUAAACAAAACUACUUUGAUAAUAUAUUAAAAGAAAUUGUAGAUGAUGUAAUUAAAAUAUUAGAAGAAGUUAAAACCAAAUUAUUCCCAGACAAUGAUGAUAUAAAACCAAUUGUAUCUGUAUAUAAUUAUAUAGAAGAAUUUGAAAGUAAUGCUGCAAAAAUUAAUCCACAUAUUUUAGGUGAAAUUGCAGGAAUAACAAAACAUUUAAAAUGUGAAAACUUAUUAAAAUCAUCUAGCAAAUGUACUAAAGAUAUAUCUAUCCAUCAUAAAUAUGGUGGCUGGUUUGAAUUUGGAGGUGCUAUUUAUGUUAAAAAUGUAAAUCAUGUUGAUAUUUCUUAUGAGCAUAGAAGUGAUAAAGAACCUAUAAUCAAAAAAGAAUAUGAGCAAGCAAUAUUAGCACAAGCUAAUUCAAAUUACUCAAGUGCUGGUUUAUGGAGAGAUAUACCUGAAAAAUACAUGGCUCCAUAUAGAUACCCAUUAGAAGUUUUUGCUUUAGAAAAUCCAGAAUUAAAUAUAUUAAAUUUAAGAGAUAUACAUCCAUUUGUUGCUAUGGAAAUUUUAAAUAAAGGAUUAAACUCAAUGCAAUCACAUGAACAUGUAGCAUUACAUGAUAGCAAUCAAAUUAUGAUCACUUCAUUUGCUCCUGAAAAUACAAACCCAAUUACCGCCCCUGUUACACCAGCAGCACCUACCGUACCUGUAGCACAUACUGUGCCUAUAACACACACUGUACCUGCAACACCUCUUGGAGUAACAUCAAACCCCGAACCUCAACAUGAUGGGUUUGCUAUCAAUGAAAACAUUAACAUUCAAGAUAACCUAGAUGAAGAUAACGAAUAUGCAGAUCCAUCUAGUGAACAUGAAGAUCCAAUUUACAUCAAAAUUGAUCAUGGAGUUCAAGCAGCAGCAAAACCAGAAAAAGUAGCAAAAUCAAAAACCGAAAAUUUAAAAAAUAUAGACUUAGUAACAAACAAAAACUUAUUUAAUGCAGAUCCAAACGACAUAUUUACAGGAAAUCCAUUUUUUUCUAAUAAUAAACAUCAAAGCUUUAUUGAUAAUUUUAAUUAUAUUACAAAAUCAGUAAGUGACAACAAACCUUUCCCCGAUGAUGACGACGAUGAUGAUGAUGAUGAUGAUGAAUAUGAUGAAGAAGAAAAUGAUCCAAGACUUAUUACAAAUAACAACAAUAAUAAUAAAUACUUUAAAAAUAUAAGAAAUUCCGAUAAAAUAAACGCCACAUUGAAUAAUGUUGCUAGUUACAUAAAUAAAUAUACAAAUAGUGAAAAUCUAAGAGCAUCUCUAAUUAAUGAUCAAGUCUAUAUUAUUAUAACUUUUUGUAUUGUAUUCUUAUUUGUAUUUCUUUUUGUUUUAAUAAUAGUUAGAUUACUUAGCUUGAUAACAAAAAGAAAAACAGCCAAUGGAAAUCGAGGUAUUUCUUUAUCUAUAAGAGAAAAAACAAGCAUACCCAUCGCACAAGGACUUCCAGCACCUUGGCUAAAUGCUUAA